CGACUGCUAGCAGCAGGAUCCGGUCCUCUAGUGGGAAGCAUUCACAAUGCAACUCAGGAUUCUGCCCGUAGCCAAGCAUGCGUACAUCGGCGCCCUGUUCCUAAACUCAAAGGGCGGAUGCCAGACUUGGUUGAGCCACCUGGCAACCUCCCACGGCGUCGACGUACCAGACUUGAAGGACGUAAUCACAUGGGAGGAACUGACACGGCUGUGGAAGAAGCGGUUCAUCGUCGACGACGCGCCAACACUCGCCAUCAACCGACUGUUCACCAUGUCACAGGGCAACACAGCAACACGGGACUGGCUCACGGAGUGGCAAAAGAUUGCGGCUGUGCCCAAUCUGAACUUACCAUUCGAGCAUCUACGCCGUGAGUUCUACAACAGGUCCUGUGCUGCAUUGAGCCAAGCUCUUGGUGAUCGCGAGCAGUACUCAACCUUCGCGGAGAUCAUUGACAAAGCGAGGGAGAUCAUCAAGACCAACAGGUCAGCUGCACACGAGAAGUCACCAUGGCAGCCGACCUAUGUGGAGAAGGUACGAACUGGUCCGCGACAGCAGCACUUUGCUGCAGUCCAGCAGGACAGUGGAGAUAACCCAGCAGCCACUUCAGCAUCAAGUGACGGAGAUCAAGUGGCUGCUGUCCAGCCGCGAAGCAACAACAAGUCUCGCAACAAUGGGAAGGCGAAAUCCGCAUCGCAGGCUGGAAAUGGACAGCCAGUACAAGUUCCAUGGGUCAAGUUUGGCUUGACCGAGGUGGAGUACAAGGUCCGCGGCCGCUACGACAACUGCUAUUGCCGGAGUUUGGAGGAGCAUGUGGAACACCUGUGCACCGUUUUGGAGCGGCUACGACAGGCCAAGUACAAAGCCAACCGCGACAAGUGUGAAUUUGCGCGGCAGGAGCUGGAGUACUUGGGCCAUUAUGUGACGCCGCAAGGCAUCCGUCCGCUCGCGGACAAGAUCGAGGCCCCACGAGUAUGGCCCGAGCCCACCAACACCACGGACGUUCGUUCAUUCCUGGGAUUGGCGGGCUACUAUCAGCGAUUCAUCACCGGAUACUCCAGGAUUGCUGCACCUAUGACGAGGUUACAGUCGCCGAAGGUGCCAUUCGUAUUYGAUGACGACGCACGCCGGUCAUUCCAAACACUUAAGACGGCCAUGCUCAUGGCACCCGUCCUCAGCAUCUAUGACCCCACCUUGCCGACGAGAGUGACUACCGACGCUUCCGACUAUGGCAUUGGGGCAGUCUUGGAACAGCACAACGGCGACGACUGGCACCCUGUGGAGUAUUUCAGCCACAAAGUGCCUCCCAUCAACUCGCUUGAUGAUGCAAGGAAGAAGGAGCUACUCGUGUUCGUCAUGGCUCUCAAGCGAUGGCGGCACUUCCUCCUUGGGCGUCGUAGGCUCACAUGGGUUACAGACAACAAUCCAUUGACCUACUACAAGACACAGGAUACGGUGAGCAACACCAUCGGACGAUGGAUGUACUUCAUCAACCAGUUUGACUUCACACCGAAACAUCUACCUGGCCUCUCAAAUCGCGCAGCAGAUGCACUCUCGCGAAGACCAGAUCUUUGCGCUAUGACACAUCAUGCCUUCGCAUUUGACGAGGAGCUUCAGCGACACUUCAUCCGGGCAUAUGAGUCUGAUCCGUCUUCGGAUCACCCGCCGACCAGCCAUUACCGCAUUGUCGACGGGUACUUGCUCCUCCACUCGAGAGGCACGGACUUACUAUGUGUCCCACGCGACCGUCGUCUUCGGACUCGCCUCCUCGGCGAAUAUCAUGAUACACGACUCGCCGGCCAUUUUGGAGUCAACCGCACUAUUGCACGGCUUUGACAGCGAUUUCAAUGGCCUGACCUCAUUACCAAUGUCACUCGGUAUUGCGACUCUUGCGAAGUUUGCCGACCAGC